AUGAACUUUUUCAAGAAAAAAUCCAUAAGAAGUGUAAUACCAUUGGUGACUUCGGAAGCACGACAAAAAAAUGAUUCAAAUGUUAUUUCAACUCGAAAUAAAAAAUCAAAUCAUAUUAUUGAGGUACCAUUAUCAACACAUGAGAUGAAUAGUCGAAAAUGGAAUUUUUGUCAACAAUGUUGUUCAAAAGAAAGUCUUAAAGAACAAGCUUUACUCAUAACUACUAUUGCUUCAGUUAUAAUUGGUAUUGGCGUUGGAAUUGGUCUUAGAAGUCUUAAAUGUAAUACAGAUGCAUAUAUUAAUGGAUGUCGUUUAAAUAAAGACGAUAUAGGAUACAUCGAAUUUCCAGGCACUAUUUUUAUCAAUAUACUUAAAUUACUUAUACUUCCAUUGAUUGUUUCAAGUAUUAUUUCAUCAUUAGCUCAACUUGAUGCACAAUCAUGUGGAAAAAUGGGUUUACGAUCAUUGAUUUAUUAUUUGGCUACAACCAUUAUUGCAGCUAUUGUUGGUAUUAUUCUUGUAUUAACUAUACGACCUGGAUUACGUGGUGGUCAAGUAACAAUCAAACCAGAAUCAAAAGCAGCCGAAGGUCGAACUGUUGAUACGAUUCUGGAUUUAAUCAGAAAUUUAUUUCCUGAUAAUAUUGUGCAAGCUGCAUUUCAAACUACAGCUACUAAACUUAUCGUCAACAAAAUAGUAGUUAAGGGUGAAAAUGAUACAACUUAUAACAAAACUACCUACAAUGCAAUACUCGAAAAACGAGAUGGAAUCAACGUACUUGGUUUACUUGUAUUUUGUAUUUUAUUUGGUAUUAUCAUAAGUCGAUUAAAAGAAAAAACACUUAUACUUAAACAAUUUUUUGAAGCUAUGUUAGAAGUUGUUAUGCAACUUGUACGUAUUGCUAUGUUAUUUAGUCCCAUUGGUAUUUUUUUUCUUAUUGUUGCCAAAAUACUUCUUAUGGAUAGUUUAAGUGAUUUUGCUGGUUCAUUAGGUCUUUAUAUGGCGACUGUUUUAGCUGGUUUAUUUAUACAUGGAUUCAUUAUUUUACCUUUAAUUCUUUUUAUUAUAACACGUAUGAAUGUUUUUAAAUAUAUCCAUGGCAUGGGUCAAGCAUUAGUAACUGCUUUUGGUACAGGUAGUUCAUCAGCAACAUUACCUAUAACAUAUAGAUGUGUUGAAGAAAAAAAUCAUAUUGAUCCGAGAAUUUCACGAUUUGUCUUACCUAUUGGAGCUACUGUUAAUAUGGAUGGCACAGCAUUAUAUGAAGCUGUAGCAGCUAUUUAUAUAGCUCAACUUAAUGGUAUUCCAUUGACUGCUGCCAAUAUUAUUGUCACUACUUUUACAGCAACCUUAGCAUCAAUUGGUGCUGCAAGUAUUCCUUCAGCUGGUCUAGUAACAUUGGUUAUUGUCCUCAAUGCACUUGGUUUACCGUCUGAAGAAGUUAGAACAAUCUUUGCUGUAGAUUGGUUACUUGAUCGAUUUCGUACUGCUAUCAAUGUAUUUGGUGAUUCAAUUGGUUGUGCUGUUGUAUAUCAUCUAUCACGUAAAGAACUGAAUUCACUUGACAAUAGGAACAUAUUAGCUGAUGAUGAUAAUACAAAUAAUCCAAACUCGAGUGUUUCUUCUCUUGUACCUAAUACAACUACUACACUUCCAUCUAAUCAUAUGACACCCGUGACAUAUGAUAAUCCAACAUAUUCAAAUCAACCAGAAACAACAGUUGAUGACGAUGGCGAUAAUAUGAGUCAAACAAGUUUUUAA